CACAACCAGAUUUCGUGGACUAUAGAGGACUCGAGCGGUUCGUUCGAUGGCUUACAGCGGCUCAAGACGUUGGGUCUGGCCUUCAAUCACAUUAAAGCCAUACCUAAGCGCGCGUUCACUGGUCUCACGAAUCUGGAAGUUCUCGAUUUGCACGACAACCCCAUCGCUGCCAUACACGACCAGUCCUUCUCGUACUUCAAUCGCUUGCAAGAACUCAGACUUAACUCCACUCAUCUCAUCUGCGACUGCACUCUCAAAUGGCUGCCCAUUUGGCUCAACACUUCCAUUCGCAGACAUUUGAACAUAACUGACGCCAAAUGCAAACACCCGAAGCGACUGCUCAACCAAUCAGUUCUUGUGGUCAAUUCAGAUGAGUUUGUUUGUGAGGACCAUCUCAAGCCUUACCUCAUCGACGACUUCAAACAAAAGGCUGAGAAGCCGUUGUCCGCUCUGAAGGGCGAUAACAUGACGCUCUCGUGUCGGGCGGCGUCCAGUAGUCCAAUGCCUAUGCAUUUUCAGUGGCGUAAAGACAAUCACAUUAUGAACACAUCUGUUGGCAACCUGUUCCUCGAGACCACUGCCAGUGUCCGCAACGGAAAUAUUACUGAAUAUACGGGAAACUUGUUAUUGAGUGACAUUCGCGACGAGAAUGAGGGCCGGUAUCAGUGCAUCGCUACCAACAACUUCGGGACAGUCUAUACGCAUAAGAUUAAGAUCAACGUUCAUGUGAUGCCGUCGUUCACUAAAACACCGUCCAAUGUGACCGUCAAAGUGGGAAACACCGCCCGAUUGGAGUGCGCGGCCAGCGGUCAACCCAUGCCUGAGAUCUCGUGGCAGAAGGACGGCGGCGACAACUUUCCCGCAGCUAUGGAGCGCCGGAUGCAUGUCAUGCCCUCCGACGAUGUGUUCUUCAUCGUAGAGGUGAAGGUGUCUGAUAUGGGUCUAUACACCUGUACGGCCACUAACGACGCCGGCUCUCAGACGUCCAGCACUUUCCUCAACGUAUUAGAAGUGCCGACAUUUGUGCGACCGAUGAGUGAUAAGGAGGCGAUUGUGGGCGAGACUGCUGUCAUCGAGUGUAUGGCCUCCGGAAGUCCUAAACCCACUCUCCUGUGGUCUAAAGACGGCGGUCCCAUCAUUGCAACGGAACGCCAUUUCUUCACAGCAGACAACCAACUGUUGAUUAUAGUGAAGACAAAGGCGUCCGAUGAGGGCGAGUACUCGUGCGAAAUGUCCAACAUUUUAGGCACCGCUAAAGAGUCCAUUUUCCUCGCCAUCACUCAACCCAUCGGUUCCAGUGAUGACAACAGACCCGAAGAGAGCUUUUCAUUGAACACUCUGUUCGAAGAAAACGGCAAAACGAUUGGCAUUAUUGUGAUUGCGGUCUGCAUUUGCAUUGUCUUCACGUCUUUCGUUUGGGUUAUAAUCAUAUAUAACACCAGAAAAAGGAACGACAGCUUCGGUCACAACCGCACCGAUGAGGACGACUCGAAUAGCAGUGAAUUGGAUUCGAUGAGAGGUCUGACGUCGAGGCACAGGCAUGUGAUGAGCAAAGACUUGACUUCCAAUGUGUUCCUACAAAUCAAUUCCGAUGAGACGGUGUCUUUGAACUCUGGGUCCAGUGCUAAGGACAGCGGAACGGGUGAUAGCGCCAGACGUCAGAGUCACGACGCGAUGGACGACACCGUUGACUACGAAGAGAAUCAGGUGUUGUCGCCAUUGUUUGCACCAAACGGUAGUUCCCAACGACGGGAUACCAGAGCUGUUCUCCACAAAGGCUUAAGUAUGGAUCAAAUCAGUGCUAAACGCAAAGUAAAAAGACGUGAUUCGGAGGCCAAGAGUGUCGACAAGUGUACGACAUUUUCGCCGAUUAAGUCGUAUUCAGUGAACGACAUGUUAACUGUUGUCACAGAUGUCUGA